UGAUCACCACACUGCCUAAUUUCUCUUUCCAUCCUUAAUCAGUGCAUAAGUAUGGAUGUACGUACAUACGGUACCAAUUUUCGAUGAGGUAACAGACUUGUUACGGAAGUCAGGAAAUAAUUAUGUAGUCGUUUAGUUUACUAUUUUGCAGUCUAUCAAAUAAGGUGCAAUGUGUGUGCUGAAAAUUUUAUUUUGAUUUUACAAUUUUUUCAGAAAUCUGUUAGCUAUUCCAAUUUCUUUGAGAGAUUCAUGUUUUAAUUGAAUGGUGAAAGAUAUUAGUUAAGCAUCAUGUCAAAGUUUAGUUCAGUGUGGGUCUUAAUCGUCAUCUUCAUGAUUAGUUGGACCAAUGGAAUUGGAUACUAUAGUUUAAAACGGCUUGGGGAGUUUAACGUCAACCGUGAAUUUAUAACGAUGUCUGGCGUCUCGAGUGGGGGGACGUUUGCACAACAAAUGUUUGUCGCUCAUUCCACCCUGAUUUCGGGAAUUUCCGUAUUUUCUCAUACCUUUUACCGAUGCGGCCCAGGAAAUGGGAUUCUCCGAGAUUAUGACGCCGCUUGUACGACGGCGGGAAGACGGCAUUUUUGGUCCAAGACGUACAGUCCAAAAAAGGCGAUAAAAGAUAUCCGCACCUACUUUAAGAAAGGUCUCAUCGACGAUCCGCACUACAUGGGGGGCAAACAUUUAUACGUUUUUGCCGGCACGAAGAACCAUCUCUUUACAGUUGAUCAGAGCCUGAAGAUUCUUGAAGUUUUCAAACCAUUUAUUGCCGACUCGAGUGUGAUUAAGACGCGGAUAGCUAAGGCAAAUUUAACGCUGCCCAACAAGGGCAAAGAACUACCGGCCUGUUCUGCUCCACCGGAUAAGUUUGGUGUAAGCAAUUGUGGAUUUUCCGGAGCGUUGGAAUCACUACAAUUUAUGUUGGGGCAUGACGCCGUGAGAUCGAGCAAAGGUCAUCCUAAAUUACAACCACUCAUCCAGUUCGACCAAACCGAAUUUUUCGAAAACGUUGGACGCCACGACAUGGACACGGUGGGAUAUCUUUAUGUUCCCAAAGUGUGCAAACAUAACGAAAUUCCGUGCUUGUUACAUUUCUACUUUCACGGCUGCUCUACCGGGAGGGAAUUUGUCGGUCCUGGCCACGUCGUACGGAGUGGAUUUCUCGAAGUUGCGGAAGCGAACGGGAUCAUUGUCGUUUUUCCACAAGCAAUUUCCAGCCGUGAAAAUAAUAUCGGGUGUUGGGACACUUUUGGCGUGACGGGGCCACUUUACGCAACCCAGCAAGGCGGUCAGGUCGCCGUGGUGAAGAAAAUGCUGGACCGAAUUUUGACUAAACGUUUCCCAAAACCUAUUCUUCUUAACGAAGGGAAAACUUGGGUUGGAAAAGUACUUACAAGUUUUCCUUUCAUUAAGUAAUUUGGGUCCGAGUCCACAUUAAUGAGACAUAACUUAUUCAUGGACUAGUAAGCUAAUAUACUGUAUACUGUAUGUAAGAAAGUGGGUAACUACUUAGGAUUAGUAGUUUAGUCUUGCAUGAGGCGCACAUUUUACAAAAGUUUCCUAUUUAGAAAUGUAUGUACAUAUGUACAUACAUAUGUAAUUUGCAAGGGUUGUAAGUAGUGAGCAAAAAUAUUUUAUUUUAUCCUGCAAUAUUACUGAUUUUACAUUUAUAUUUAUAAUUGUGGACAUACUUCUGUAAUGUAUAUUUUUCUAUUUAAACGAGAUAUUCAUAAUCCUAAAAUGGGACUUUGUCGUACAAAAUAUGAUAAUAAAAUUAUUAAAUACAAAAUUGUAAAAUGAGUAUGCCUAAUACGACAUGUACAUACACUCUUAUAAAAGUGUGCGUACAUAGUAGGGUUGCCGCGGGUAGCGAAAAUGCUACCCGUUACCCGACCCGCUACCCGCAGCACAACUACC